GUAUAAAGAAAAAAUAUGGCGCUAACUCUUUUCCGCACGCUGCUAUUGGUUGUUGCCACAAUCGGUUUGGCGCAGGCGCGUCAUGUGCCUGCCAAAACGGUGGUAAAUUACGUUGUGACGUCAUCACUGCCCACAAUAGGGGUUGCACGCAAAGCAAGCAGCUACCAAAAUGACAACAACUACAAAACAAGCAGCAACAUUAACAACAACAAUGUAACUAGCAUCCUUGACGCUGGCAAGCAGCACGCAAACGCUGAGUAUCCAAGCCAAAGAGCGUUGAGCCUCGAGGACAACGGCAACGGCGACGCUUUGACUGUCAACAUCAGCACGCCGAAGAGUGUAGUUCAGGAUUGGAGUUCGGUGUGUCAGCAGCUCUGCGGAGCUGGCCUAGGCGGGCCGCCAUGUCUUGCCUACUGUCACAGCACUGACAAGCCGUCGCUUCCAUCAUACUUUGCAGACAACAAAAAUGAGAUUUGCAAGGACCUCUGCAAGCUACAGCUCGGUGAUGUUAGUUGCGACUGUCAGCCCGAAGAAGUAGCUUCGAUUACCUUCUCCAACAUGACAUGCCAGUAUGAAUUACGUAAUAUGGCGUGUGGCAGCUUCUGUGAGCAUGGCGGUACAACGCUGAUCGGCUGUAGCAGCUGCCAGCUGGAGGUCGAUAAGACCAAUUUAUCAAAUAGAUCGUCAGAUGAGAGCACCACACCAGACUGGAAGGAGCUGUGCGUCUCUUUGUGCAAAACCGGCGAUGGCGGGUCACUCUGCAAUUGUGAUUUGGCGCCGUUUUUUUAGAAGUCUAGCAGAGCAGCGAAACGCUAUGCCAACCACACGGUCCACACACAUGCAAACAAAUUGAAAUUGAAAUGUGGACAGACACAGGUGACAGCUGAUGACAGAAGUUGACAGUUGAAGACAGUGUGUCGAUGUUGUGCGAAAUUGAUGGCUGGUUAUUACUACUCUGCGCGGUCUCUAAGGUUUAAAAUUUAUUUUUGACGACGACAACAACACCAACAACCUAUUGUUGUUGGUAUUUCGUUAUUGUUUAUGACACACAAUAUACAUACAUAUAUUUUCGUACAGACGUUUAAAGUAUAUAGUUAAUUAUGCAACACACAUACAUAUGUAAGCACAAUGUAUUUAUGUAAAUGAUUUGUAAAAAUUUCAACUUCAAAACUAAAUCGGAUUUGUAUGCUCCAAAUAAGAAAGUUUUUCGCAAAACAUUUGAGUUUUUAUUACACCGUUAUUUGUUUGUGUUGUUGUUGAUUGUGGUUGGUUUUUGUUGAAUUUUGUUUGUUGUUUUUGUUAUAGCGGCUUAUGCGCUCAAAUUAGUCACACAAGAUGGCGGCAAGGCAUUGCAACGGAGAAGAACUACGAAGCGUGCAAAAAAAUAAAGAAAAUUAAAACAAAAAUCCAAAAAAAAAAUUAAAAAAAAAUACUCAAUCCCUAUGCGAAUCAAUUAAUUUGUAAUUAAUUUGAAUUAUAGUUAAUGAAAAAUUUACCGUUAAACUAACGUAAACAAAAAUUCACAACUACAAAUACAAUUAUAGGCAUAAAGCGAAACGGAAUGAAAGAAAACGAGAGUGUAAGACACUUGCAUAUAAAGAUAUAUAUAUAGAUAUAUAGUUAUAUAGCUAUCAAGGUGAUGUAGGCCAAUAUAUACAUACAUAUAGACAUAUAUACACACACAUCUGCAUACAUACUAUCUAUACAUAAUGUAUAAUCUCUUAUGCACUAAUUCAUAGCUCAUAAUUACAUGCAUUUGUAUGUAUUUAUGUACCGUUAUCUAUAAUAAUCUUAACGGUUUUCUGUUUCACAGUUAUUGUUGCACAAUUUUCUUAAGGAAAAAACGUGAAUGCAAAAUAAGAACAACAAAAUCACCAAAGGGCUUCCAGGAUGCCAGCAUGGCGGCGUGUGGUUUGCCGCAAGCGGUGGCGAGCACACAAAUGCCAGCUGGCAUACAAAUCUCAGAGUGUAGACUAAUUGUAGGUUAAAAAAAAAAACAAAAACAAAA